GCUGUCACCGCUGCAGAGGCUUCCAUCUUCACCUGGUCUUCCCUCCUGCUUAAAGUGUUACUAAACCCUGGACCCUGCAUUCACUAUAUCUGGUCUCCCCGGACCCUGCAUUCACUAUAUCUGGUCUCCCCGGACCCUGCAUUCACUAUAUCUGGUCUCCCCGGACCCUGCAUUCACUAUAUCUGGUCUCCCCGGACCCUGCAUUCACUAUAUCUGGUCUCCCAGGACCCUGCAUUCACUAUAUCUGGUCUCCCCGGACCCUGCAUUCACUAUAUCUGGUCUCCCCAGACCCUGCAUUCACUAUAUCUGGUCUCCCAGGGUCCUGCAUUCACUAUAUCUGGUCUCCCCGAACCCUGCAUUCACUAUAUCUGGUCUCCCCGAACCCUGCAUUCACUAUAUCUGGUCUCCCUGGACCCUGCAUUCACU